AUGAGUAGCAACAACAACCACCAUAAACCGCAGCAAAUGGAUAUUACAAAGAGCCAAAGAAAGAAACACAGUGUGACAUGUUCCUUGUGAAGUUGUGAGUGGUGAUGAAUAAUUUAAUUUUAAUUUUAAUUUAAAUGGCUUCUUUACAUUCUUCAUGGUUCUCUUCCUUGCGCAUCAAACCAAACGUAAAUGUGGGAUUGGUUCUGAUGCCUCUUUCAGCAACGUUAAAACCUGCGAAGGUGUGUUGUGUUAUGAACCCUGACAACGCGGAAUCUUCUGAAGUUAACUCCGUAGAAGCUCAAAAAAAGGGUCCUGCUGAUCCUAUAAAACUCGCGUUUAGCAAAGCUAAAGCUUAUAAAGAAUCGAUUAAGUCUAAAUCCAGUUUGGGAAUUGAGCAAAGCGGUGCUGAAAAGGACAAUUCGGUUGAAGUGAAUAAUGUUGUUGAUGGAGGGCGAAAGGAUGUGCCAGUUUCUGUAAAGAUUGCAAUGGAGAAAGCUAACAAGUAUAAGCAGAUUAAAGGAGGCGCUGUUAGUGAAACAGAUCAAGGAUUGCAGGGAGGGAGUGAUAGUACUUUGGGAGAAGACGUGAACGGCAAUAGUGUUGGUAAGAAGGGAGAACUGUCUGUUUCAAGGAUGGAUUUUGUGGGGCUUGAAUUUGCGGAUAAGAAGAAGACAAGGGGAUUGCCACCUGGACUUGUUCCUAUUUCAGACUCUUUCUCAGAUGACGACUUGCCUGAGGUGGAGUUUAUCGUCGGAGACGCAAACAGGUUUGACGAUGCAACAUCUACACAACCUGAACAAACUAAUGAAGAUGAAUCAGAACUUUACAAGCCAAAAGUUUCUACAUGGGGUGUAUUUCCUAGACCUGGCAAUAUUUCAAAAACAUUUGGAGGUGGAAGAGUUAUAAAUCCAGGAGAGAUUUUAGAGACUGAAGAAGAAAAAGCUAAGAAAGAAGCACGCACAAAGCAGAUGCUUGCUGCUUACAAGAAGAAAUUUGGAUUAAAUAUUGAUCCAAAGCUAAAAUCGGAGUGCGAGGAGGUAUUGAAAGAUGGUGACUUGUUAAUGAAUGCGGGAAAACUAAAGGAAGCAUUACCCUACUAUGAGACGGUUAUGGACAAAUUACCCUUGAAGAGUGAGCUACAUGGAUUAGCUGCUUUACAGUGGUCUAUUUGUCAAGACUCUCUCAGUAGGCACAAUGAAGCUAGAAGUAUGUAUGAAAAGCUUCAAUCUCACCCAAGUCCUAAAGUCGGCAAGAAAGCAAGACAGUUUAUGUACAGCUUUCAGGCUAUGGAAAUGAUGAAGGUGAGGACAGGAUCUUCACGUUAUUCAAAGAACACAUUCUACCAGAAUUAUUUUGAUGCAUUUAUAGAAAAGAAAUCAAACUACCCCCUUAAAGAUGAUGUGGCUGCUCAAGAAAGUGCAAUGAAUCAGGUUUUGCUGUACAUUAUUUUUCUCAUUUCUCCUAUUUUUGUUGUACUACUUCUUGCAGUCCAGAAAAGAAUAUAAAUUUCUUUCUUUUGUUUAUAUAUAACUUUUUUUGGCUACAAGUUUAUAUGUAACUUAAUAGAUAUGUAUAGGGUUAUAUAUGGUAGGAUAUGAAAGGAUGGUAGGAUAAGAUUGGAUGGAAGAUGUAAGAAUCAUGCAGGAACCGUUUCAAUCUCUCACCCGUAUACAAAAGUUGUUAGGAUACUCUUUGUUUUUUUCA